GGAAAAAGCUAAAGCCUGAAACAUCGGUGAUCAGACUCUGAGCAUCUGCACCGAGAGAGAAACGAGCCUGGAGGCAGCAGCGGGUUGAAGCACGUCCGGACACAAGCGAGUGAGAGUGAGGAAGAAGAGGAACAAGGGAGAAGAAGAAGAAGGACUCGGAGCAGCCGCCAUAGCUGGAGAGUUCCUGCCCUAAUUUGGCCGUUAGGAAGAAACAUCAGUCUGCUACACGGCCCAACCAGAGUCUAAGAUGCCCUAGGCCGGGAGAAGGAAAUGUAAAUGGCUUCCAAAGUAAAAGAUGCUGUGGUGUGGUACCAGAAAAAGAUUGGCGCCUAUGACCAACAGAUUUGGGAGAAAUCGGUGGAACAAAGAGAAAUAAAGGGCUUGAGGAACAAGCCAAAGAAGACGGGACAUGUCAAACCAGAUCUUAUCGACGUGGACUUGGUCAGAGGGUCGGCGUUUGCCAAGGCCAAACCCGAGAGCCCGUGGACGUCGCUGACCAGGAAAGGCCUCGUCCGGGUCGUCUUCUUCCCGUUCUUUUACCGCUGGUGGAUCCAGGUCACGUCCAGAGCCAUUUAUCUUUUACUGUUGGCUCUUUAUUUACUGCAACUGGCAGCAGCAGCCCUGUAUGUGUCCAUCCCUCAGCCUCAUGGGAUACCGACCACCGAGGUGUUCGGAGCCAUCUGGCUCAUGCUGCUGCUCGGCACCGUCCACUGUCAGAUCGUCUCCACCAGGACACCGAAGCCCGCCUCCAGCAGUGGGGGGAAGAGACGCAGGAAGUUGAGGAAGGCAUCUCAGAUGGAGGUGCAUAGGGAAGGCGAUGGGUCUAGCACUACCGAUAACACACAGGAGGGGGCGCCACACUCCCACUCAGCCAGCAGCCCCACAUACAGCCUGGGCACUCUCUUCCAAGAUUUCUGGCAUGAUAUCUGUAAAGCUGGAUCUAAGAAGUCCAAGCUCUCCAUCGACAAAUCUACCGAGACGGAUAACGGCUACGUGUCGCUGGACGGUCGUGUGACCAAUCGCAGCUCGGAGGAGGGGCUUCAGCUCCACGAGCAGCGAUGUGAUUUGUUGAACAGGGCAGACGAGCCGAGCUGGAACUCUCUCGUCCCGCCGCCUCACGCAGCUCGCACCACGGGUCUGAUGCUGCCCAGCGGCAACAAGGAGCCAGCAUCAGAUGAGGCGUCCAGCGAGGAGGACCCCGAGGCCUCCUACAGCGCCCUCCGCAGGGGGGUUGAAAGAAUGAACAGUGACUGUACGCUCAGAAACCGCAAGAGCACUCACCACUACAAGAAACACUACGCUGUGGAGGACGUCCCCAAGUCCGGCACCAGCUGCAGCUCCAGAUGUUCCAGUCUGAGGACUCAGGACUCAGAGAGCACUCGACACGAGUCGGAGACGGAGGACCUGAUGUGGGAAGACUUCCUGCACUGUGCCGAGUGCAGAUCCUCGUGUACAUCAGAAACAGAGGGAGAAGGAGGAACACCCGUGUGCCCUCCUGCUAAGAAGGAAUACAGAGACGACCCUUUCCAUCAGGGUCACGUUCCGUGGCUGCACAGCUCCAACCCCGGCCUGGAGAGAGUGAGCGCUAUCGUGUGGGAGGGAAACGACUGUAAGAAGGCCGACAUGUCCGUCCUGGAGAUCAGCGGCAUGAUCAUGAACAAGGUGAAUCUCUUCACUCCUGGUAUUGGUUACCAGGUGUUUGGGAACCUGGUCUCAGUGACACUUGGCCUCACACCGUUUGCAUACAGGCUGGCUCAGUACCGAGACUUUGAUCAGCUGACCACGCUCUCAGCCAAUGAGCUUCUGUCUGUGGCACUGGGGGGCGGGUCUGGAUCAGACGCCAUGGUCAUCACCAUGGUAACGCUGAGCUUCCUGGUGCGUGUUUGCCUCACGUGGCUCUUCUUCUUCCUGCUCAGCGUAGCAGAGAGGACGUACAAACAGAGGCUCCUGUUCGCUAAGCUGUUUGGUCACCUGACGUCAGCCCGCAGAGCCAGGAAGUCCGAGGUUCCUCAUUUCAGGCUGAAGAAAGUUCAGAACAUCAAGAUGUGGCUGUCGCUGCGCUCUUACCUCAAGAGACGGGGUCCUCAGCGCUCCGUGGACGUGAUCGUGUCCUCAGCCUUCCUGCUCACUCUGUCUGUCGUCUUCAUCUGCUGUGCUCAGUUGCUCCACGUCCACGGGACGUUCCUGGAGUGUCACUAUAACUGGGAGCUGGUGAUCUGGUGCUCCAGUCUGUCUCUGUUCCUGCUCCGGUUCGUCACGCUGGGCUCGGAGACCAGCAAGAAGUACAGCAACACCUCCAUCCUGCUCACUGAACAGAUCAACCUGUACCUGAAGAUGGAGAAGAAGCCAAACAAGAAAGAGGAGCUGACUCUGGUCAACAAUGUGUUAAAGCUGGCUACUAAACUACUCAAGGAGCUGGAUACUCCGUUCAGGUUGUACGGGUUGACCAUGAACCCUCUGCUCUACAACAUCACGCAGGUGGUCAUCCUGUCGGCCGUGUCAGGGGUCAUCUCCGACCUGUUAGGAUUUAACCUGAAGCUGUGGAAGAUCAAAUCGUGACAGAGAGAGGAGGAGGAGGGUCGACGUCACUGACUGAAAGACUGAGCGUCAGUCUCAACAUAUCGGAGCUCUGACCGUCAACGUUCUCACUUUGUGCAAUUCACAAACUAUUUAUUUACCCACUCAGUGUUUUUACUUAGGGUUUCUUUGAAUUCUAGUUUGUUUCCAUUUUUUUGUGUUUUAUCGCACAAGACGAUGCUAUAUUAUUUUACCUGUCAACACAAAGUAUUAUAAGCAUAAAUUAUUAUUGUUGUUAUUGUGAUAGUUUAGGUUCUCCGCUGCAGUUUUCAUUUCAGCUUAUUUGCAAAUUUGAAGGUUAAGUUUUGAACUGCCGAACGGGCGAAAAUCUUUGUAUUGUCAUUUUUUUGUGUUUUAUUUGCUGAAAGUUAUUUAUGUUGAGUGAGUUUCAAAGCGAAACUUGAAGCUCUGUUAUGACCUUAAAAUCCGUUUUUUAAAAUACUAGUCCAGUGGUUUUCUUCUCAGUUGACUUUCUAAAGUUUAAAUACACGGACAAUCUCUUAGACGACAACCGAUGUAGUAAAUAAAACCUCAGUGUUUACCAAGAUCAAACUACAAUUAAAGUUACUCUUAAUUAUCCUAAACUACAAAUUUAAAACCUGGUAUUCUGACAAGAAUGUAAGAAUUGUCAGUUUUUUUUAAUUUCCUCUGUAUCUGAACAAUUUAUCCACAACUGUUCUGUGUUCACUGUUUAAACCAGUUCCCGGAUUUCAAAGCAUACAACAGUAUUGGAUGUUAACAGAAUUGUUUGGUAUGUCAAGUUUUUGUUUGUUUUUGCCGACUUACCUGAGAAAAUUGUUCCUGGUUUUGUUCUUACUUUGAAAAAGCAGCCGACGUCGGCACUGCAAAGACACAAUCAUCCAGUUAAUGGAAAUAACAACAUGUGGAGUCGGGGACAUCGACUCUGGAGCGAGACUGAAAAACGUAUUAACACAGUCGAGGGUUUGCUGAAGGUCUCUUCACUGCAGCAAGUUUAACCCAAUCAAAUACCCUUUUGUAUUUGUUUACUUUUUUCCUUGGACAGUAUUUCCAGCAACAUAUGAAGGUAAUAACUGAUCUGAUGUAGUUCAGGUUAUUUUCAUACACAGUUUGGUACAAUGUGCAGGUAAUGAACGAGCUUCCAAAUAGCUUCUUAAGUGGAGUUUGACGGUUGUUUACCUCUAGCUUUUUUUUUUUUAACUCCUGCUCAAAUUAAUCCUAUGCUGCAUAUUAACUUCCUGACUGAAAUUUGUGGUUUUUAUUUUAUAUAGACAAUUAUCAGCUGCCUUUUCCCCAGAUUCUUUUCUCAAGUGACUCUGAUUUUUGGACAUCCACUGUUCUACAAGGAGAAAUUAUAUUGUAAAAUAUAAAAACAUAAUUGGAAUAACCAGCCUGUUGAUUCAAAUAUUGAAACUUGGCUCUUUACAAAACAGCUUUUGUUUUGGCUGUUGCCGUUUUACUGUAAUUUCUCACUCUUGUUGACAAAUGAUGAAAAAUUCUAACAACUUCACAAAGAGUUUUAGCUCGAGAACUUAUUCCGUCUGCGGCCAACAUUUUGGGACAAUCUGAUUUGUUUGUAUCUCAGUCAAUUUGAUUAUUUCUUAAAUUAAAAUGGGACAUUCAUAUUUGCAUGAGACGUUCAUCCUCUGCCCGGCUCCAUCCCCUGCAGUUAAAACAAGAGCGUGAUUGAAGAAAUGCACUUUAGGAAAAGCAAAACAUAUUUUUAAAACGGAAGAAAAAUAGGUUUCAUCUCGUCUCAAUGUUGGAGAUUUUUUUUGUACCUCACCUGCUUGACACAGUUUGCAUUUGCUAUUCAAGUGAAGGCUAGCUGCGAUGUUAAUAUUCACAUGGCUGUUGAAGUUCAUUCUACAUGGUACGUGAAGUUGUCAUGCUCGCAGAAAGUAUCUCACGUGAUUUUAAUGCUGACGUAAAUUGUUGCCUCAGUUAAUGGGUUAGCACGUUGCUAACUGAAACUAACGUCACUCGUUACAAUGCUAGCAUAGUUAUCUUCAGUGUGUUUGAGGAGGAAGACCAAAGUGCUUAUUGUUUGUUUUUCUUAUUCUCUGGGGGAAAAGAAAGAAUGUAUUUGCAGCUUUAUGCUUUAAAAUCUGUUUCCCUUUGGAAAUUCAAGUUGUAUUUUUGUUUUCUUUUUGACCUUUCACUCUUUGUUCUCUCACUUUUUAUUUUGUUAAGAUUGUUUGUCCCUCAUGCUUGUUGAAACGAUACAUGUUUUGCCAUGUUUUUAAGGAACAAAGAAGUUUGACUUGUGUGUAUGAAAGGAAUCUAGGUAAAAAAAAAAAAGCUGUUGUGAUUCUGUUUACCUGAACAGAAGAUUUUUUUUGUGAACCGGUCUGUCCACAAGGUCUACAUUUUUUAUAAGAAAAAUAAAAGAAACAGUUGUUGACUCACUAA